AUGAUCCUAAGUACAAAUGAGAGCGCCUUGAUCAAGUAUUGCUCAGGACCCGACCACGAGGAUGACAGUGAAGACGAAGACGAAGACGACGAUGGCGAUAAACCAACCAAGGGCGGCAAGAGAAAAGCCAGUGCUGUCCCUAAAGGCCGAGGACGACCACCAAAGAAAGCCAAAGCAGUUGCAGCCCAAUCCCUAACCUACAUGUUGAGGUCAAGGUGCCGUGAGACUGGAGAGGGCAUGAUUCAUUACCAAGACGAAGAAGGAACCAUUACAUUCAAGGACAAGACCUUGGUCAGUUUUACAGCCGAUGCUGCUCUCCCUUGCGUCGGUCGGAAUGUCAAGUUUGUCGGGCGCAAAAUUUCCGACGAACUGGCCAGUUCAAGCGAAUCGUGGAACGACUAUUCAGAGCGCGCAUAUGAGAGAGAACGAGUUGGUCGAUGGCGUUAG